AUGUUUUAUAAAAAUAACAAAUAUAUCAAUAAUAAACACCACACCACUCUAUUAAAACUAAAAAAAUGUCCACUACUGAAACUACUUUUUUCGAAGAAACUAUUUCUAAAACCCACGCAAUAUAUAAGCCAGAGAGGGCAGAUAUUGGUUAUAUUUAUCUGCAGGCUGCCCAUAUGCUCAACGUAUCUGGAUCACAAGAUCAUUAAAAAAUUAACUGACGUUAUUGGUGUCAGCGUUGUUCACUGGAAAUUGGAUAAGAAAACAGGUUGGAAACUUUUGAAUGCAGGAGAAACUAAAUUAGGAGAAAACGCCUUUAAGAUUGAUGGUGGUAUCUUGAGCUCUCAGGAUGACACCUCAUCUCCCUUAGGUGAUCUAGAUGAGUCUAGUAACAGAUUAUUCAAGGAUGGUACGUUUGACCCUCAUUACGGCGUCACACAAAUUAAGGAAUUAUAUGAUAUGACAGAUAAACAGUAUAAAGGUGAAUAUUUCUGGCCUAUUUUAUGGGAUUUGAAGACGAAAACCAUUGUUAACAACAAUUGGGACCAAAUUGAUGCCAUCUUAAACAGUGCGUUUAAUGAUUUUGAUGAGACAAAGGGAACUGUUGACAUUUUUCCAGAGACUCUAUCAUCUCAAAUUGAAAAAUAUAAUGAGUGGUUGUUUCCUCAUAUCAUUGACGGAGUUUAUAAUGUCGGGUUGGCAGAAAAACAGUCAGUUUAUGAAACCAACUUGAUUAACUUUUUUAAAGAUAUGGACAAAAUUGAAAAUAAAUUGAGGGAAGUGCAUGAUACAUUGGCCAAGGAAUAUGGUGCUUCAAAUGAGGAAGAGAUUUUGAAGAGAUUCUUCCUGUUCGGUGGCCAAAUUACUGAAAGUGAUAUCAGACUAUUCGUUACCAUGAUUCGAUUCGAUUCGAUUUAUGCAGUUCACUUCAAAUUAAACUAUAGAUUGGUUAGAAGUGACUACUAUUAUAUCCAUUUAUGGAUGAGGAAUUUAUAUUGGAAUUAUCCAGCAUUUGGCCACACCACAGACUUUAACCAUAUUAAACUCUUGUAUACACAUGGAAUGAGAAACAUUAAUCCAAACGGUAUUGUGCCAUUAGGUCCUGAAUAUGAUAUUUUGAAGUUAUGA